UACUUACAAAAUUGUAAUAAUUGAGAACUAGUUUCUAGUUCAUCCCCCUUUCUUCUCUGCUGCUCUCCCACUUUUCCUCAGAAAGCUCUCCCUGUCCCCCAGGAUGUGUUUCAGCACUGGGAUUAGAAAGACUGGAAUUAAUUCUUGGUGUUCCUGUUGGUGGCUGGGGUAAAUGUGAGCGGCUUUUCCUCUGAAGAUGGCUGACGUGAUCCCUGAGGGUCAGGGUAUCAUUCCCAAGUGACACGAGUCCCACAACCUGUUGCGAAUACUCCAGCUUGCCACGGGCUGGUGGUGCUGGCGAUGCUGGCGAGGGGGAGCAGGGCUGUGAGCUGUAACCUGUCUUCUCUCCCCCGUAGCAAUCUGCACAUCGGGCUGGUCUCAGGAGUUUCAUCCGCUACGGCUGGCGCUGGAGCUGGAGAGUAGCUGUUUUUGUGACAAUAUUCAAAUGAUCAUCCUGUUAUUAAGCAGUCGCUGGACAUCAGACCUACCACUUCGUGGUGAGCACUGGUCUGUCUGUGUACCGCAAUAAAACCACCGUCAGUAAUUUUGCUUCAGCAGGAGCCCUCACAGGAGCCAUUUUCAGAAUGCACUUGGGCCUGCAGGGACUCGCAGGCGGCUUCGUGUUCGGAACAGCGUUUGGGCAAUCCAGGCUGAGUGUAACUGAAGUCUUAGGCCAAAUGGAAAGCGACACCCAGGGAGAACCAGAGACAGAGAGCAAGAGAAUCUAGGAGCUCCUGAGUCUUCCUUACAUCCCUGCUUGUUUUCUGCAUUGAAGCAGCCCUGGGGCAAAAUCUGUGUCCUAAGACAAUGGAGAACUAUGUGGCGUCGAUGGUGCUGAGCGCAGUUGGUGACACGCUGGGCUAUUACAACGGGCGAUGGGAGUUCCUGCAGAGCGGCCCAGCCAUCCACAAGGAGCUGGCGGAGAUGGGGGGACUUGGGAACUUCAGCAUGCAAGGUUGGAAAGUCAGCGAUGAUACGGUGAUGCACUUGGCAACAGCUGAAGCCCUGGUAGCUGCUGGGAAAAACCCAAGUUUAGCACAUCUGUAUUCCCUGAUCGCAAAGAACUACAAGGAGUGCAUGAAUGACAUGAAGGGCAGAGCUCCAGGUGCCAUGUGUCAGGAAAAUGCGCUGAAGCUGGAUCCGGGGCAGCCGAAUGGCUGGAGGGUCCCAUUCAGCCCCCGGGCAGGAGGCUGCGGGGCUGCCAUGCGCUCCAUGUGCAUCGGGCUGCGUUUCUGCCACCCUGCUGAGCUGGAUACCCUGGUGCAAGUCAGCAUUGAGAGCGGCCGAAUGACCCACCACCAUCCCACCGGCUACCUGGGGUCCCUGGCUUCAGCUCUCUUCACAGCUUUCGCAGUGAACGGUGUGCCCCCCCUGGCCUGGGGGAAGGGGCUGCUGGAGGUGCUGCCACGAGCAAAAGCCUACGUUCAGGAUAUCGGCUUCUUUGUGGAGGAGAACAUGGGGCAAUGGCAUUACUUUGAAGAGCAAUGGAAAAAAUACCUGGCGGAGAGAGGCAUAUUGGAUGGAGUCUCGCCACCCACAUUCCCCCCCAGGUAUGGCGUGGAAGAGAGAGAUUCGUUCUACACCUCCCUCAGCUAUGAUGGCUGGGGGGGCAGCAGUGGGCACGAUGCCCCCAUGAUCGCUUAUGAUGCGCUACUGGGCGCAGGGGACUCCUGGGCAGAGCUGGCUCACCGGGCUUUCUUCCAUGGGGGAGACAGCGACUCCACUGCCGCCAUCGCAGCCUGCUGGUGGGGGGCCCUGCACGGCUUCCAGGGGGUCCACACCUCCCUCUAUACCCACCUGGAGUACAGGGGCCGCCUGGAGCAGGUAGCCAAGGACUUGUACCACCUGGCCUCAGCUGGGGUGCAGCAGGGUCACACCUAAUGCCCCUCGCUCACUCAGGGUUUUGCAAACUCUGUUUGCAAACACACUGGACUGAAGCAUGUGAGUGUAAAUUAGAGCCAGGCCUGCUUUUUCUGCUUGGGUUGGCUUCAGUAGGGGAGGUCAUUUUGGAGCUAGCAGCUUGGGGCUGGUGGGUGGAGGGAAGCAGUGACAAGGUGGGUUGAUGGGAGGGUGCAACAGUGCCAUGCUCCAGCGGCAGGACCCGCAGCAAAACCCCCGCAGACUGCCCCAAACCAGGGUCCUGCCCUUACAAGCAUGUCAGAAGGGGUCAGGGAUGCACGCCUGAGCGCAGGGAGUGUACGUGGGCUGGCAGCGAUGCUCCCUGGCAAACCUGCAAUGGCUAGCGCAAGCCAGUACUGUCAAUGGGGAGUGCUGGGGACACCCCCUGCCAUCUAGUGCUGAGCACCUGUAGGGCUAAACCCCUGCUUCUUCACAGAGAGCAUGUGCAGCCCAGGAUAACCCCCUGAAGGGAGGGGGGGAAACAGCCAGUGGUGUUCGGGGGCAACAUAUUUUUUUAAAUUCAGUUAUUUUAUCAGAGGAUAUGUUUUGUUUCAAAUGACUGUGGGGAAAACAAACCCAAACCCAAUCGUAUAGCUGCAUUAGCAGUGCAUUUUGCAUAAUUUCACAGCAGUUUUGCUACACAGGUAAGAAUGUAUCACGCUACUUCCCUAUUUCAGUUAAUGUCAGAGUUCAAGACUACUGACCAAGCCCUUACUCAAGGUAAAAGUGGGUAAUGAGAAUUAACAGGGUGCAUUUUACAUCAACUUAAGCAACUUCUGUAACGAACGAUAUUCUUCUGCUUAUAUCAAGGCUACUAAAGAUUAUUUGCUUAACAUUUGCUGUGGAUAAUUCUAUUAAAAGGCAUGUUUUUUCUUCAAAUCCAGACUAUGAAACAGCAAAGUACAUAUUAUUUUCAGAGCAUUUCAAAAAUGGUGUAUCCCAUUCAAUAAAUAGACUUGACAUGCCUCUGUUAAAUGUUAUAUUCUAUUAUGGGAUGAAUUAAGGGAUGGGAGGGAGAAGUAUGAAGAGUCAGAACGUGCAAGGUGUCUUGUAAACUCCAGCCCGCAAGAGAGACGAGAUGCGCUACCACAGCAGGAGGAUAGUUAAUGCAUCAGGGAAUAGGGGUGGUGGGAGAGGGAGAGGCUGCCUAAAAGGGGGAGUGUGGCACACCUUUAUGCAGGGACUGUGCAUAAAGGCAUAAUGAAAGCCCAAAUCUGACAAAAAACAGCAGCAAUAGGAUUCACAAUUUCAACACGGUUUACUACAGCUCUCAGGUGUGUUGUAUAAAACAUGUUUUAGUGCAACAUAGUACAAAGUUUUUGUUGGUUUUUGGUUUUUUUUUAAAAAAACCCCAAACAUUUUUCCACAUCAUGCAUGGAUAGGGUAUCUCUCUUUCUUCUCAGCUUUGUUACAGAAAGUUACAGCAGAGAGAGUGGUUUGAAAAGUUUUGUGUUAAAACUUGUUACAGGAAGAGUCUGCCUUAUAAAAACAGAGAGAAGUUUGAGACUGGGCAACACACUGCCAGAGCAAGGGAGAAAUGUCACCGGCAAGGUACAUUCAGGGACCACCGUGGGAGCCACUUCCCGGGAAAGCCUGGGCUCACAGCAGGAACCGCAGGGCUGGGACCUGUUCCGGCCAGGGGGACGGGGCUGUGAGACAGCCCUCCAGGAGGGCCCUGCUCUGGAGCAGAGAGGCUGGCGAGGCAGAGCAUGGCUCAAUCGCAGCACAGUGCUCUCCCAGGAAAGAAUGGCUCCUGCCGCCUUCAUUUUCUCUUUUUUCCUUUAAAGCUGAAAUGAGCUGCAGUUCCUGCCCGGAGCAGUAUGUACAGGAGAUACUACAUUUACGAAACAAUACCCACUGGCUGCAGCUGCUGCUGUUUGCACCUCGGUUCUUCAUUUCCAUUCACUUCUCAUCCCACUCCUCUCUUUACAGACGCCUUAUCCAGAAAGGGAAGACAAGCGUGUGGGUGUGUGAUACAUCUAUAUAUAGGAGUGCGAUAUUCCGCAUAUGCUGGGGCCAGUAAGCAGUUAGGUCUUGAGGAGGCAGACUUCGCAGAGGGAUGAGUGAAAUUUGGGCUUCCCAGCAGGAGAAACCAGUGCCAUUCUGGUGGAAGAGUAGAGGUGGCUGACUUAGAACACCCUGGCACGGGACAGUCCACAGUCAUGUGGGUCCUCUCCCAGCUGGGGGAGAGGGUGUGCAGUGCAGAUCUCCCACCCGAGGCUUCACCACCUCUGGAAACAUCGAGGCAUCAGGGUCUAACCGACUAGUGCUACAGAGCAUCUGCUGAGGUCCCCUUCUCUUCACAAAGAGCAGUCCGACCCUCCCAAGGAGGGCAACGGCUGUGGGUAUGGCACCUCUCACACAUGAGGGGGGGGUGCAGGGGGUGUGUGUGUGUGUGUGUGUGUGUGUGUGUGUGUGUGUCUUGCAGCUGCGCCUGUCCGUCCCAGUUGGCUUCAGCCAUGCUGCAAAAAAUAAAUGGCCGGAUUUGCCAGGAAGACAUCAAGGAAGACAACAAAGGCCAUUUUUGGCAAACAUUUUCUUCCGCCAGACAUAACACUUAUGGGGGAGGAGGCGGUUUCCUCCACAGGACAGGGCAGGGGUACUUGGCAUUACGGGAUACUGGAGCUCAGGUGCCCCAUGUGGCAAGAGCCCUGGUUUGGUUCAUGAGAGCCAUAUCUUUCACAGAAAGAACAGCAUUUCCUGCCACAGUGACUGCCUACGACAAGAGCAGGUGACUUUGCCAGGAGGGGGAGCUUAUGGAGAAAUGUUUUCUACUCCUAAAGCCCCAGAAACGAAAAAUGGCAGAUACACGCACAAGCGCAGGGGAAGAUUUCUCUCGGCCCGAGGGGACAGGGAAGCCCCCAGGGUACCGAUGCGGUGCAGGCUCUUUGCCUUGUCCAAGCUCACGCCGGGAAGUAGUGCAAGCUGCAGGGAAACUCGUGACACAUGGUGGUUAACUGCAUGUCACCGCUGCGUGGCAUGACUGCAGCUGGGCUCCUUGGUUGAAGCAUCCAGGGCCAUGAACCCAACCAUGAAGCUUCCCCUUUCUAGAGUCAUUACUUUGGUCAUGUUGAAGUCUUCAGAGACUGAAUCCAGCCACCCGUCCCCAGGUGACUAGGGCACAGAGGGGACCCGCCUCAUCAGAGGUGGCAGCAUGGACACCAGGGAGGAGCAUGACUCUGGUAAGCUGGACCAUACAAGGACACCCUUUGAUACCAA